CCAGAAACAAAGUCCACGCUUCCGCUCGCUUCUUCUUCGAUCCAUCCGUCCAAUCGGCCGCAGAGAGGAGAAGAAGAGAGCGAAUCCGAUCGAGAACGAGGAAUAUGGAAUCGAGAUCCAGGGCGGCGGCCGCCGGGGCGGUGGCGAUAUUUUUGGCGGUAAUGAUGGCAGGGUCGGCGGAGGCCGGCGACCACAACGCCGUCUUCAGCCCGUGCGACGACGCGACGGUCCGGCGGCGGGAUGGAUUCUCCUUUGGGAUAGCCUUCUCCAAUCUCAACUCGUUCUACGUUAACCAGAACCGGACCUUGCAGCUCUCCCCCUGUGACAACCGCCUCUCCCUCUCCUCCCGCGGCGCUCAGCUCGUGGUCUUCCGCCCCAAGGUCGACGAGAUCACUCUCCUCACUGUCAACACCACCACCAACCCUUCUAUCAACGAUACUGUGGGCUACAUGGUAGCAUUUGCUGGAAGGAAGUAUGCAGCAAGAUCAUUCCCAAUUUUAGUUCGUAACAGUUCAUAUGCCAUCACCAGCUUUACCCUGAUACUAGAAUUCCACAAAGGCACCCUUCAGAAUUUAUACUGGAAGACUGAUUGCUCUGCCUGUUCAGGAUCCUCAUCCAAAGUUUGUCUUGACCAGGGCUGUGCCAAUAGGGCAUCCGAUUGCAGCCACCAGGAUUGCAGCAUCGGCAUUCAGUUGGCUUUCUCGGGCACCGAUAAGCAUGAGGUGCCACUCAACUCAUGGUAUGAGGUGUCCAAUCUCCAGCAGUAUUCCCUUUACGGGCUAUACUCAAAUCUGAAAGCAUUGAUUCCCUCCUGAUAUGCAUAAACCAAGUCAUGAAGCCACAGAAUUCUGCUUGUAUUCUAGUUACCAUGUUGUAUUUUAAGGUUGUUUUUUUGGUGUUUCUAAACUUUGAGUCUUAUAAAGUUGUUAAACAUGCAUAGUGAUUGUCUUUUCUUCUGGUUCUCACAAUUUCUUUUGUUUAUUAUUGAAAUAGUUUCAACUUCAUAGUA